GCAGGGGGUGGAGCCAAACCUUGGACACUAGUAAAUAAAUAGACACGGAGCACAAUUCAGUUGAUGAACGAGUCAUAUCGAUCAUGUAACGGUGUCUGAGGAAACUAGAAGUAUUGUGUGUAUUCAUGGUUAACAUGUGUCAAACGACUCCUUGGAUACUUCCACAAAAUGAAGGGCUUUUACCUUGUCGAGCCGAUCGUAGCCCUCUAUGCCUUUGCUGCCUUUCUGGUCUACCCUUUGAUACAGCAGUAUGUGUAUAGGCGACUCUGGCAGGAGUUGACCAACACCACCUAUCCACAUGACAACAACACAUCUCGAUGUUCGCAUAAUGACACCAGUAACCAUUCAGCCGACCAUGCGGAGGUGCAGAGGCAGGCUUCUCUCUUCUCCCUCUACACAGAGCUCUUCUCCACCGUACCGUCUCUGGUGGUCACCCUCAUCCUGGUGGCCUACAGCGACCAGAGAGGACGCAAGGUCACCAUCGUCAUGCCUCUGAUCGGCGGCCUCAUUGACAGCCUGUCCUUCCUGACCGUGUCCUACUUUGAGCUCAACAUCUACCUGCUGAUUGGAGCCUCCAUCUUCUCCUCUCUGUUCGGCAGCGUGGGAGCACUAUUGGGCGGUUGCUUCGCGUACAUCGCCGACAUGUGUGACGACGGCAGGCGGAAAACGCUGCGCAUAGCCGGCAUCGACAUGGUGAUCGGUCUGUUGUCCGGCGCCGCCGCUCUCUCCACGGGGUACUUCCUGCGAGCAGUGGGCUUCAACGUGCCCAUCCUCACGGCGGCUGUGUUCCAGGGAAUCACGCUGCUUUACGCCGUGUUCCUCCUGGAGGAAUCGGUGAAACGCACGCCGGCCGGCUACGCCGAGCCCCCCGACGGCAGCCCCCCAGCAUCCCCUCGCUGCGCGGCGAUGAGGCGGAUGUUCUUCGGGAUCUAUCGGAUGUUCGCGGCUCUCAGCCGCAGGGACAACGCUCGCCUGGUGCUGCUCAUUCUGAUCCUCGCCACCUUCAACUUCGCCUACAUAGGGGGGGUGUCCUCCGUCACCCUCUAUGAGCUCAACGAGCCGCUGUGCUGGGACGAGAUCCUCAUCGGCUACGGCACAGCGUUGUCCACCACGGUGUUCGUGGGGAGCUUCCUGGGCGUGAUGGCGUUGACGUACUGCGGCGUUCCCCAGCUGGUGAUCGUGGGCGUCGGCCUGCUCUCCGUCAUCUCUGGCUUGACCCUGUUGUCCUUUGCCAAGACCACUCUGGUCAUGUUUCUCGUGAGGAUACCCCUGCUCCUAGCUAUCAUGCCUUUCCCUGUCCUGCGUACCAUGAUGUCAAAGAUUGUCUCCACAUCCGAGCAAGGAGCUCUGUUUGGAUGCAUAGGCUUCAUGCAGAGUCUGAGUUCCAACGUAGCCUCAGCCAUCUUCAGUAGCAUCUACGCCAUCACGGUUGGUUGGUGGCCAGGCUUCAGCUUCCUGCUGGCUGCAGGCCUCUGUCUCAUCCCCGGUGUCCUCAUAGGAGUGGUGGCCCUGCUGAAGGCGGACCCGGCCCAGGAGGGAGAGGGGACUGAGGGCUUGGUCGCAGCGGAGGUGGAGCCAGGCGUGGAUGGCGCUCUACGCUCUUGAGCUGUGCUACGGCCUCGCAACGGGACCCUCUGUAGCACACACACACUGCCGCCUUAAGUUCUCAGGAAGUCAGGGUUCUCUGUUCACGGAAAUGGACAAUAACAGGAGAGCUUUGACGCUGCCCGCACAAAAUGUAGCUCGAAAACAUUCUUGAGUUUUUUUUUUUUAUAUAUUGUGAUUUUGGGAUAUAUUAGUUUCAGAUCCUUGUUUUGAAAGAUGCUUUUACCAAAGGAUCCUCGCUUUUUAAAGCGUCACAGCAAUAAAGUUGCGUGGAUGAAUGCAUGCAAUGGAUAGAUUUGUCUACGCAGAUUGACAGAUGCCCUCACAUAUAAUAGGUGAGUAAGAUACAGAAUACAAAUGGUAGAUGAUGAGUUAAGGGGCCACUAGGCGUUACAUGUUUUGUGUUUAUACAUAUAUAUGUAUAAUAUAUAUGUAUAUAUAAGUAUGUGUGUGUAUACUACUGGUAUGCCAGAAAAACAGUACACACUAUAGUAUGUGGUAUGCAGGUUUGGAUGCAGCCCACAUGUCUGAGAGUGUAGGAGGUGUCUGGUGGACUGUACCAACUACUAAAAUGGAGUUGCUCGAUCCAUCGUACAUCUGAGUGGACUCUACCACAUGUGAUCUCACGAAGGGAUAUGUUUUGAAAUGAGGUAGAACAAAUUAAUUCAUCAAUGUUUCAAUGAAUUACUAAAUUACAAAAGUAGUACACUUGAUAAUGUAAACCAAAACAUUAUAUUUCCCCUGGGUGUUUUUGUAUUCAUGACUGCAACUACAUCAUAUUUAAGCAUAGCACAUAGUAACAUAUAAAGGGAAAUUGAGACCAAUCUCAGGAAAGGAAUGGGGUAAAACCCCAGGUCGAAAACUAAAAAAGCACAUUUGUGUUGGAAAUUUGCCUCUUGUUACAUAUAUAUGCAUUUUAUGUAAAUCUGUUUUUAUAAAUAUAUUGAUUGCUAUAGAAUUUAAAUAAAAAUUUAUGAACUAUAACGUUGAAAUAAGAACUGGAAACAUUUUGGUUGAAAGUUGUUAAAUGGUCCAAUUUUAAAUGUGAUCUUUGCACCUGUGUAUGUUAGACAUCGCCUUUCAAGUAAGAACACAAUUUAAAGUCACAAGUUAUGCGUCAAUGGCCAGUCUAUUUGCAAUAGGUAUAUGUCACUUCAAUAUUGACCGCCAGAUGUCACUGUUGGUUAAGGCUUUACAACGGCACUUCUCUUGUGGGUUGCGACGUUCCCAAAGUUGCUGCAAUACUAAUUCUGGAUGACACAAUGACCAUUUCAGUGGGGUCCAAAACCCCGCCCAUUAACUUGGCUCUUAGAACUGUUUGUAGUAUCAAAGUUUCAACAAAUUGCGAACAAGAUUCCCCCCCUCAAUUUUUUUUUAUUUUUAUACAAUUAUAACAAUAUGGUAACGAAAAAUGGAUUACAGUGAUGAUAGUUGCAGGCGUUGUCAACAGGAGGAUGCUUUAAAUUCUCCUUAUUAUAAAAGGUCAAAGUCCUUCAACAAGACACUAUUACGUUAGAAUAUUAAACCAGUAAAUACUAUGCAUGCAUCAAGGAACAGUUGAACAAGUGUUUGAACUAAGGUUAACUCCAAUCGAUCUGUAGUUCCAUGGUCUUCUUAGGGGAGGUAGGCCCAUCCCACAAUUCACCCUAAGAAUCCACUAGGGUAAACAACAUAAUUUAGUGGAGGAAGCGAACAUAGACUAGUCCUACCUCUCAAUAACUUCACAGGAAGCUCUAUGUUUGACAUUCAUUUUGCAUUGCUUUAGUAACAAUGAAUGGUAUAACAAUAUCAGGGGACUUAAUUGGCUUGUUUUCAUCUUACUAAAUGAGUAUAGGCUUCUUUGCUUCAUAGGGUGUUCAGAAUAUACAAACACUCCUCCCUGUGAUAAUAUGACAACAAUUGUUGUGACAGUGGGGAACAAAAAUAAUGUCAAUAAGAGUAUUGAGGAAGUAAAAAUGAUGGUUCAAGUAAAAAUGAUGGUCCGCCACUUGUAUCAGACUCAAUUGUACACCAUGCAUGUUCACCAGCAGUGCGAAUACCCUACGAUUGUUUGAGGGUUUUCCUAAACUGAAUGUGUGUAUCUAUCACAUUAUGUUUAUUUCUUGAAAUCUAAAAGUGUCAAAGUGUGUCCCAAUCCUUUUUCAGUUCUGCAAAUGGAUAUAAUAAAACAUCCAACAAUAGCGUUUUUUUU